AUGGAUGCCAUGAGCUGGGCCUUACGAAGGGCUGCUCGGUUACCAUUCUCCAAUGAAAUUGAACAGGCCCCUAUGCCGAGUCGAUUUACACGACCACCAUUCAAUUCCUAUGAUGGGAAAACAGACCUUGUGGAGCAUGUAUUCCCCUCUAGUCUCGGCUCCACGGCCCUGAGAUGGUUCAAUGGGUUACGAAAAGGUUCCAUUCGCAGCUUCGCCGAGUUGAUCCAAGAGUUCGGCAGUAGAUUCGUGACAUGCAGCCGAGUGCCGCAACCGGUGGAUGCACUACUUUCCAUAAAGAUGAGUGUUGGUGAAACCCUUUGGAGUUACGCCAGUCGGUACUGGGAACUAUACAUCGAGAUCGGUGGGGGAAAUGAGAAGAUAGCGGCAAACACCUUCAGGAUGGGGCUCCUUGAGGAUUCUGAACUACGAGAGUCGCUGACGAAAAGACCUCCCGAGGAUAUGAGGCAACUUAUGAGGCGCAUUGAGGAGUAUAAGCGUCUGGAAGAUGAUUGGCUGCAAAAUAAGGGGAAGGCCCCAUUACUCGGCAGAUUUCGGCAGGGCAUUAUUCCGGCAAGACCAAAAAAGAUUUUAGGAUGCAGGAAUCAGAAGCGCAAAUUGAAGGAGUUAAUGUGGCGUUUAAAGAGCCAGUACACAAAAUUCUAG